GCCUGGUCUCCAUAUUUCGCCCGAUAAGAUAGAAGCUGCCGCCUGCCCUGUCAAUCACUGCCUAUCACACUGCCUAUCACCACCACCUAACAGACCUACUACCAUGUAGGCACCCACUAUCUAGGUACCUACCUAGGUAGCUACAUGUACCUAGGGCAGAGUAGGGGCCGCCAGAGGGCCGCCUCCUGGUACCUAUUGCUCCUGCUCCUGCUCCUGCAGCUUGCUUGCAGCCGAGCUGCAGCUGUCAUGCAUCCCCGUGUGCAUCCGUGACCAGACCAUCAAUCCGACGGGAGUUUCUUGCUAGCCUUACAACUCACCUUCAGCUCCCCAGGAUGUGUCUUCCUUCUUUCUUUCCUUCUCAUCUCAUCUCUUCCAUCUCGUCGUUAUCCUGAGUCACCAGUGCCCAUGUCUCCCAUCCUCGACCUGCCUUCGAGAUGACGGAUCCAGCCGGCAAUCGGCCGUCGACCGCGGACCACCUCCAGGACACUGAACACCCACGCACGCCUCCUCCCUUUGCACCAAUCUUCACACUCGUCAAUAAUGCAUCUACGAGGACCACCCAUCACCCUCAUGUACGAUACAUAUUCAGCGACGACGAUCCUGAGGUCCUAACCCAAGCGCUUGCCGAGUGCGAACACUCCUAUGCCGACGAUUCGGGCUCUGGCCCUGUACCCACCAACCGAGCCAUGAUCCUUGACCUGGCUACCAAUGAUGACGGAGUUUAUAAUGUUUCUUGGGCUUCUAGCAUAUCCCCUUCGUGGGCUGUUCUGAAUGCUCAGCUCAGUCAAAUCUCGCCUCCUUCGUCGGAUGCAGGACAAGGCAGCGGCAACGGAACCGGGGACACCGGUCCUGAUAAUAUCAGCCGCCCCGACAGGCUCAUGCUACGGAUUGAAGGAAUCGAAAUGAGUGCUCCCAGCUCACCAUCGGAGUUGAGAAUAUCUGGUGAGACGAGUCGGCAGCGUCCCGGCAGUGCGGGUGGUAGUGGUAGUGGGCACCGAGACCGAGAGCGAUCCGGAGACGGAGACGAUUACUCCAGUAUGCUGGAGGAUUUCGAGAAACGCAUGUCGACGCUUCGAAAUGUUGUCAAUGCCAGCGAGGACAGACGGAAGAAGAUGGACACUCCAGCGGAGCAUAAGAGAGACACAACAAGUACCAAUGAUCCUGCCCCUUCAGCCUGAAAGCUAUUUCCGGAACCAUAGUCAAGAACAACCGACCUACAUAAAUAACCACCAUCAUACCAUCCAAGGGAGUUAGUUGCCAAAGCACACCGAGCAACUUUUAUCAACCAAGCUGCCAAAACACACAAGUUCUUGUGGCAUCCUAGGCACGAUUGAUCAGUCGUUUUGAAUACACGACACAGUAUAGCGAAAGGAUAAUUAUCAUAAAGGCGCAAAAUGCCCUAUGAUCCUCUCUUCGAGGACACCAGGUCUCAUUCCAUCUGUACGGAGAUAAGGGGGUAUGGCGUUAUCGGCGUUUUUGGUGGAAUACCAUCAUUAGGUCAUAGGAUAAUGCCCGUGUAUUCAUUCAUCUCUUUUUGAUUUUCUCUCUAGGCUCUUGUGGACGGAACAGCACGUUUAGCCUAAUGAAAGGCUAUGUCUUAUAAAUCUAGAUUCCUGAAGAAUGCUUUUCUGACUUUCCCAUGUGGGCCGAGAUGAAUUCAUCUGCUUGAAUGACUACUGCAGUGCCUGCCCAAUUCACACGCAAGGUUCAUGAAAUUCGUGCUUUAAGUCGACACACGUAGGAAGUAAAACCUCCAUUCCUUGUAGUUUAUCCCUAAGACGGACCGGACCGGUUCCUAUUGAAUUA